AUGUUGUUUUUUUAUGACAAUACUACUGUUACUACAAUAACAACAACAACGAUAAUAACAAACAACAACAAUAACAACAACAACAACAAACAACAGCAACAACAAACAACAAAGCAGCAACAAACAACAGCAACAACAACAACAACAACAACUGCAGCAACAGCAACAACAAGCAACAACAACAGCAACAAGCAACAACAACAAACAACAACAACAGCAGCAACAAACAACAGCAACAACAAUAACAACAGCAAUAAACAACAACAACAACAACAACUACCACUACUACUGCUGCCUCUUAAUAUAUAUCACUGGCUUUUGUAA